AUGGGGGAUUACCCCCGCUUCCCUGUCAACGCCCAUCAGGUUCAUUAUCUCGUAGAGCACGGCUUCGUCGAUUUUCCCAAGAUUCACCGCGACGCCAUCAAGGACAAGAACAAGGCCGACGCUUUUGUCCGUAUCCUUACCUCAGUCCAGGUACUCUGGUUCGCCCUUCAAUGCAUUGGUCGCGCCGCGCAACACUUGGCGAUUUCCAUGCUCGAGCUAGAUGUGGUUGCCAUCGUGCUUUGCACGUUCCCAACACAUUACUAUCUGUUUCACAAGCCAUUGGAUGUUGAUACGCCGGUGACGCUGAAACUAGUGGGAUCACUUAGACUGGCUGAUGUAUUGGUGUUGGCGGACCCAGUUGCAGCCAAGCAGCCUUUCAAGCAAACUCCGCUCGAUUUUGCCAACCCACCUUCAGAUCCCUUGCAGGUACUCGAUCCCAUCGUGUGGGGAUUUGAGCACUUGUUCCGCCUCGGUAACGAUGCCAAGCAUGUACCAAUAACACGGUUCAAGAAUACCGCACGUAUGAAUCCUGGAAAGGUUGUCAUAUCCGAAGGGCUGGUUGCUUCCGCUUUGGCAUUCUCAUUCAUUGGCAUACACUUUUUUGCGUGGAAUUUCCACUUCCCCACAGUGUUAGAACGAGAUCUCUCGCGUGGUGCAUGCGUUGUUCUCUUCGCAGUUGGCUUUACCUUUGGCAUUCUUUGGCUCUUGAUCACUUGGCAAUUACCCAACCUCUGUCGGUGGGCAGGUAUCCCGCAAACCAACACUGUGACAGAGUUUAUCGAUCAGAUACACCCUUUCUUUCAGUACCUGCUCGUUAUGUUUCACAUGGGAGCAUACGGUCUCGCAAGAACCUUCAUCAUUGUGGAAGGAUUUGCUGGACUCAGAGCACUUCCUGCAAGUAGCUACCGUAGUGUGGAAUGGUCGGACCUGUUACCCCAUAUCUAG